AUGGGCAUAUCCUACGAUAGCUCGGAUCGAGAUCUGAGCUUCCGCAUUGCGCUGGAAUAUUUCGACGAUUUGCGCAUUUUGUUCAAUGCAAAGUGCUCGGGACUCGAAGCGUGGCAGAUCGUCUCCUACGCCAUCUCCCUGUGCUUCUUCGUCGCUUGGCUCAAGCGACGAAUCCGCUCCAAUGAACCGCCAUUGGUCCAGAUAAGAAAGUCGAUAUUCUCCCUGCUCCGCUCUCUCCCAUGGGUCCGUCGGAAGCUGGAAGCGGAUUUGGCAAAGGCUCAAGUGGAAAUCGAGGAGGAAGUGCAUCAAUAUGAUAGUAUGCGAGAAUUCUACAAAUUUCUGCCUGAACGAUGUAUGGAUUCUGAGGAGAUUCUAGCCGACGGGAGGAGAUAUGCGAUGAUGGGCGAGCGAAGGCACCUCUUCGACCUAUUCUCCCACUCGGACCCCCAUCGUUCGGACGCCUUCCCGGGAGUUCGUAAAAUGGAAGCGGAGAUUCUGAAGAUGACGUGUGCCAUGUUCCACGGUGGAAACGACGCUUGUGGAGUGGUGGCUGGCGGUGGAACGGAGGCUCUGAUGCUCGCCUGCCUGGCCUACCGUAACCGAUCGAGAGCAAGAGGAGAGUGGAGAGCCGAGAUAUUGGCUCCGUCGACGGCUCAUCCGGCGCUGGAUAAGGCUGCCGCAUUCUUCGAUAUGACUAUUAAAAGAAUCCAAGUCUCCGAAACCGACGACACUGCGAACGUCGGAGCGAUGAAACGAGCCAUCGGACCGCGCACGUGUAUGAUAAUCGCCUCCGCGCCGAAUCACAUCACUGGAACUGUGGACCCCAUCGAAAAACUGGCCAAACUCGCUCAAAGAUACCAUAUCCCACUGCACGUGGACUGCACACUGGCGGUUUCGUACUCCCGUUCAUGGAGUACGCCGACUACGCCGUGCCCGCUUUCGAUUUCCGUCUGCCGGGUGUUACGUCGAUUUCCGCGGACUUGCAUCGGCAUCUGGAGAUAUGGGAAAGAAAUUGGAGGACCUUCGAAAGGGAUAUCAAAAGGAGAAAGAGCUGAAAAGGGAGAAAGCCGAGGCCGCAUUGAGGGAUAA